AUGGCCGACUCCGAUGCUGAAGAAUUGCUAUCAGAGCGUGAAGAUGACGGCGAGCUUGAUAGUUCGACCAUCUCAAAGUGGAAAUGCGUCGAACAGACGUCAUUAGAGCUCGGGAUUGAUGAUGUGGAGCAAUACCUUCUCGCGAAGACAAGACUAGAGGUCCCCCGGGUGGCUGAGCGUCUGAUGGCGCGUAUCGAGUUUGCAACGGUGAAUGAAGUAAAAAACAUGCUUGAAGUGGAGCUGUGGUUGUGCUUCUACAGUAUUUCGCCGACAAAGUUCUAUGCUGAAGAAAACAAGAGAUUCGGUCCUGUACAACACGGCAUCGUGUCGCUGGUCACCGGAUUAUUCUUGUGA